AUGAUAACCCUAAUCGAAAGCUCCCGAGUCGCGCCCCCGCCCGACUCGGUGCCCGACCGAACUCUCCCCCUCGCUUUCCUCGACAUCACCUGGCUGCAUUUUCCACCUCUACGUCGCCUUCUCUUUUACAAACUCCCGUUUUCCGAAUCCCACGACUCGGAUAAUAACCUAGUAUCGAGACUCAAACACUCUCUAUCCUUAACCCUCGAACACUACUUCCUUCUAGCUGGCAACUUAGUUUACCCUCUUGACACUGAAAAAAACAUGCCCAUUUUCCGUUAUGCGUCCACUGACUCGGUCCCCGUGUCUGUUUUUUGCUCCUCGUCGGCCCACGAUUUCGACACUCUCGUCGGGAAUCAACCGAGGGAAGCUGACAUUUUUUACGAUUACGCCCCUCGGCUCUCGCCGACGGCCUCGUCGUCCGACGGCACGCUCCUCCAAGGGUUACUUGCGGUGCAAGUAACCCUUUUUCCUGGCCGAGGAAUAUGCAUUGGCGUAGCCAACCACCACGUGAUCGGCGAUGGCACCUCGAUCGUGGGCUUCAUUCGGGCAUGGGCCUCGACGUGCAAACUUGGAGUGGUUCAAAGUUCUCGUCCGAUUUUUGAGAGGGACCUCAUCAAGGGCCCACCAGGAUUGGACUCGAUUUAUUGGGACAACAUGAAACGCGUCCCGUUCGGUUCGUCAUCGACUAAUCCCCUGCCCACGAACAGGGUUCGGGCGACUUUCGUUCUCGACCGUGCCCGAAUCAAUAAACUCAAGGAUUUAGUGGUCGCCAAAUUUCCGAGCUUUUCCCACCUGUCGUCUUUCGUCGUGACUUCAGCAUACGUUUGGACGUGUCUUGCGAAAUCACUUUCGACUAACGAGGAGUUUGAGAACAGAGUAAAUGAUGAUGAGAUGGAAUUUUUCUUGUUUCCAGCGGAUAUUCGGGCCCGUCUCAGCCCGCCAUUGCCCGAGAGCUACUUCGGCAACUGCUUAUCGGGAGGCGUGCCAAAAAUCCGGCACCAUGAGCUAAUCGGCCCGGACGGGUAUUUAUUGGCGGCCCGGGCCAUAGCCGAUGAGAUAAAAAACAAAUUGAAUGGUAUGGAUAAAAUCACGGAAUGGUUCGAGAAUGCGCCGAAGACUAUAAGGUCGAUUUUGGGCAAGCGUUUGCUUUCCGUGUCAGGAUCGGCUAGGGUUGAUUUGUACGGUGCGGAUUUCGGGCUUGGGAGGGCCCGAAAGGUGGAGACUUUGUCUAUCGAUGGGGAGAAAUAUUCGAUGUCGUUGUGUAAGCCGAGGGACUGUGAGGGAGGUUUGGAGAACAGAGGCAAACGCAAAUUGGUCGAAACCAAAAAAAAAAAGAAAAAGAAAGAAACAGAGAUGGCAGAGUCCCCGGCGCCCGCCACCGUCCUCGACAUCUUCGAAGUCCACCCAUCGCCGGAAAUCGCGCCGGCAACGGAGAUGACCCUUCCCCUCGUCCACUUCGACAUAAUUUGGCUUCACUUCCACCGGGUCCAGCGCCUCCUCUUCUUCGACUUCCCCUGCUCCAAGACCCGUUUCCUCCAAUCCCUCGUCCCCGACCUCCGCCGCUCCCUCGCCCACACCCUUGGUCGCUUCCUCCCCCUCGCAGGCAAAAUCGUUCACCCCCUAGACGACGCCGGCCGUCCCUCCAUCCGCUUUUCUCCCGGCGACUCCGUCCCCCUCACCGUCUCCGAGUGCUCCUCCGACUUCGACCACCUCACCGGUGACCACCCCCGCCUCUCCGACGAGUUCUACCCCUUUGUCCCGGUGCUCCCUUCGGCGACCAGAUCGGAAAACGAGGUCGUCAUCCCGGCCCUCGCCCUGCAGGUCACCCUAUUCCCCGGCCGCGGCCUCUGCCUCGGCAUCACCAACCACCACGCCGCUGGCGACGCCAGCUCCAUUGUCCGGUUCAUAAAAUCCUGGGCUGCCACCAACUCCGCCAGCGCCGCCGAGCUGACUCCGUACUACGACAGAUCCGCCGUCGCCGACCCGGAGGGCCUCGACCGGAUCUACUGGGACCUGAUCCGUACGUCCAGAGCCGUGGAGUCCCCGCCGCUCACCUUCCCCCUCCACAAGCUCCGGCGGACUUUCAUCCUCACCGGCGACGACGUCCGGCGGCUGAAGGCAGCAGUCCUCGCUCAGCUCCCCACCGCGCGGCACGUCAGUACAUUCAGCGUCGCCUGCGCCCUCGCCUGGUCUUGCCUCGUCCGGGCCGACCCGCCGCCGCCGGCGGCGGCCGACGAAGAACCGGAAUACAUGGGCUUUCCGGCUGACUGCAGAUCCCGUCUGAACCCACCCCUGCCGGCGGCCUACUUCGGUAAUUGCCUCGCAUUCGUGAAGGCGGAGUCCAGUCACGGGCUUCUCCGGGCCGGAGGAGUCGAGGGCUUGGCCCACGCGGCCGAGGCUAUCGGAUCCGCCGUGCAACGGACGGUGUACAAUGAGAAGGGGAUAUUGGACGGGGCGGAGGGUUGGCCGGCGGGAUACGGAAAGUUGAUCGGAAAACGGCUGUUCGGGGUGGCCGGGUCGCCGAGGUUUGACUUGUACGAGGUGGACUUUGGGUGGGGCCGACCGAGAAAGUUCGAGUCACCGUCCAUAGACGCGGACACGUCCAUGUCGAUGUGCAAGUCGAGAGACUUCGAGGGCGGGCUCGAAAUCGGCCUGUCCAGGCCCGAAAAGGUUUUGGAGGCGUUUGCCGCAAACUUUGAAGAGCAGCUUAGAAAUCUAUAG